UAAACACAGACAACGUCUGUCGAAGCGGUGUGUUCUGAGGACAAAGUGAAUGUUUAAAGGGUUAAAGAUUGAGCUUUAGUGGCUCCGGUGGAGCUCCGCGGGCAGCUCUGGCUCGCGCUGAUAUUCCGGGCUCGCUGUGGAUUCUGGGAGACGGUGGGGGACACUGCCCAGGCUUGUUACCGGGAGAACUGGAAGAGCAUUUAAAAGAAAGAAAAAAAACCGCACCGUUGUUUUGUAAGUAUCCUAUCAGAAACUGGUAGCAUUUGGAGCACCAUGUCGAGCCGAGGAGGAAAGAAGAAGACAACCAAGACGUCCCGGUCCACCAAGGCUGGGGUCAUUUUCCCUGUGGGGCGCAUGCUGCGCUACAUCAAAAGGGGGCUGCCUAAAUAUCGCAUCGGAGUGGGAGCGCCCGUCUACCUGGCCGCUGUCCUGGAGUACCUGACCGCUGAGAUCUUGGAGCUGGCAGGUAAUGCAGCAAGAGACAACAAAAAGGGCCGUGUAACACCUCGGCACAUCCUGCUGGCCAUCGCCAACGAUGAGGAGCUAAACCAGCUGCUCAAAGGUGUGACCAUCGCAGCAGGUGGCGUCUUACCCAACAUCCACCCGGAGCUUCUGGCCAAGAAGAGGGGCGCCAAAGGCAAACUGGAAACGCCUGUGUCGCCAGCUCCUGAGAAGAAACCCAAAACAGUGAAGAAAACUGCAGCUAAGAAACUUGGUGGGAAAAAGGCUGGAGGGAAGACUAAAAGAGGGGAGGUGAGCAAGUCGGCAUCAGCAGACAGCACUACGGAGGGAUCUCUGGCAGACAGCUUCACUGUGCUCUCCACAAAGAGCCUCUUCCUGGGUCAGAAGCUCAACCUUAUCCACAGCGAGGUCAGUAACUUGGCUGGCUUUGACGUGGACGGGGUCAUCAACCCCACCAAUGCUGAACUUGAUCUUAAAGAUGAUCUAGGCUCUGCCCUCGAGAAGAAAGGAGGGAAGGAGUUCACGGAGGCACUCCAGGAGCUGAAGAAGAAAAAUGGCCCCCUGGAGGUGGCUGGUGCCCUUUUGACCGGUGGUUUCGGGCUCCCCGCCAAGUACGUCAUCCACUGCAACAGUCCAGGCUGGGGUUCUGAUAAGUGCGAGGAGAUGCUGGAGAAGACGGUGAAGAACUGUCUGGCUCUGGCAGAUGAGAAGAAACUCAAGUCUGUGGCCUUCCCUUCCAUUGGCAGUGGCAGGAACGGUUUCCCCAAGCAGACCGCGGCCCAGCUCAUCCUCAAGGCCAUCUCCAGUUACUUCGUCGCCACCAUGUCUUCCAGCAUCAAGACCGUCUACUUUGUGCUGUUCGACAGCGAGAGCAUCGGCAUCUACGUGCAGGAAAUGGCCAAGCUGGAGACCAGUUAAAGCACGGAAGAUAUCUCCUCUUGUCGCCCCUCUCCCACUGCUUUCUGUUUUCUUUCGUAGAGAGAGAGAGGAAAGUGUUAACUGGCGAUCUGUUAGAAAUGAAGAAAAGAAGGAGACAUGUAAAGGCCGGGAGCUUGGUUUUUGCAUCCUGUUUUUUUGUUUACUCUAUAGUUUUUAAUUCCUUAUUUACUCGUCACUUCUGGUGUUUAAUUGUAGACGUGCGUUUUUUCUUUUUUUAAGAUCUUUUUACUCAAAACAAUGCAGCACAAUGCGAAACCAACGAUUACCAUUUAGUUUUCAGAAUAUAUAUAUAAAUACCAUAAAAAAUACGAGAUAUAGCUGCACAAGGCUUCUAGAGAGGUUUCGACGAUACGGGUCAAUGCAUGUCAAGGCAGUAAGGAUAUAAAAAAAAGACAUCUUUUCUCCUUCUAUCGAACUCAGUAUCACAUUUAACUGUGUUGUAGUUUUUUUGGUAUCGGUUUGGGACGUCUAUUGUACUGUAUAAAGAAAAAGGUAAAGAUUUGUUCACGUUGGUCCGCUUUGGUCUUUAGGAGACUCCAGUAUCAGUGUACUAGGCUAAGUUCUUGUGUUGUGUGUUGCAUAUCUCACUUUUCUUGCCUUUUGUUUAGACAGGCAAAGUAUUUUCUCUGUGCGCUGCAAAAACUUUGAAAAAGUCGUCCCAAACAGCUUUUAAAGGUUGAUAACUGGAAGAUUUCAGGUUUUUGCAGAACACCUUUUGUUUCUAUUUGUGUGUUCCUAUAAGUGUUCAUAUAGAUAGGAGUGUUUGUGAAGCAUUAUGGGCAAAUAUUAAGCUGUAACACAGAAUUUUAUUUGUUUUAUUUCCCCCCCUGAUUAUAAAACGGCACAAGAUUUGGAACAAAAAAAAGUCGUGUAAGAUUGUUUUGUGUGUGUUCCUUUUUAAUUUUAUUAGUUUUAUAAUUUUUUUAUGUGUUCGUUAAGCCAUAAAAGAUGAUAUUGCUGGAAGCGAAGGCUGGUGCUGCUGCUAACAUUCAGCUGCCACCAGAUGGCUCUCCGUCAUCAGACAUGGGUGUCGGUCCUCUCUUCGUUUUUUUUUUUUUCUUUCAUUCAGCAGCAAACCUCUGAGUGCACAUGGAUGGAUCCGAUUUGAGCUGGAUUUGGGAAUGAAGGACCUCAUACGUGGAGAUACCCAACUGCAGGUCGGCAUUCGGACUUUUCAACAGCUUGACUUUCUUAUGUGAGAAAUUGUUUAACGCUUUCUAAAGAAUUCCUACAAUUGAUGAUUCUACAAAAAAAAAAAAAAAAAGAUCUGUAUACACUCCGGAAA